AGCCACAAUGUAUUAAUAAUAUACGACAAGUAUAAGGGAACUCACACCUAGCAACAGCAACAACGAUAACCAACAAAAUGGGGAACUGGAAUGUUAGAAGUUGCCAAACAUUUUUAAGGCUAGAGUAACGAGCUGCACAAUUGGAUCGGUGCCAGCUUCCAGUUGAUGUCACGAGGGAAAUUAUUCUAGUUGCGGCUGCGGCAAUCACAGUUUCUUGCUGUGAAAUCUAAAAAAUGGAUAAUUCUACACACAUACAAAGCAUAACAGUUUAUAUGAAAUUUCCCAAAAAGCAGAAAUUCCCUUGAUGCAGUGCUGCACAAUUAUGCGAAACUGCGAAAGUAGUGCUAAGAAAUCGCAUAUUUUCGCACGUACUUUGAAACACUGCUGUCGCGCUUGUUUUGUAUUUGCAUAAAAAAACGGUGAAUAUUUAACAUUUUACCAUGCAAAGGUGUCUUUACAAUUUAAACGCGGACCGUGGCAUGUCCCCAAGGAAUAUGUGCACCCGAAUCGCUGUUGCAACAUCAACGCCAACAACAAUACGGAAACGUCUCAGAGUUGUCCUGACGACAAGUUUGGGGAACACGUGCGAACUGGAUGACCGAUCUAAUUUGUUUCCGUCGAUUGAUGGAUAUUACGCCACCAACAGCAUACAACCGCAAAAGUGGAAUACACUCAAGUUAAUAGAGUAUCUGCAGAUAGCCAAAGAACUAUACCAGCUGUCGGACUGCGAUGCCUUGCAACUGCUGGGAUUCUUUAAGAACAACUUAGCAGAGGCCUGUCGUCAUCUUUACCUCGAUGGAACCCGGUCCACUUUGCAUCUGGAUUUCGAUUCACCCUGGCGGCUUAGCUCCAAGUCAAUUAGCGAGCUGUCCUGCAUGGAACAUUUUACCACCCAAACAUUCUUUAAAAGCUUUCAUCAGCUCUUCAUAGUCAAUUCCAAUAUACUGACCAACGUCCUGCCACAGCAACCACUGGCUGAGCAGUUUCCAGGACGUUAUCUGCGCAUACAGCGCACCUUCCAUCGGGGUCAUGUUAUUUGGGCCGGCUGCGUGCUUCCAAAUGAACAUGCACCGAUUGAGGUCGCCGCGCUCCUGUUGCCGUGUUCCGAACAAAGUGAAUUGAAUCGCUAUACUGAGCUCAUGGAGGAACUAGAACGAUAUCUGGGCCCGCUGGUGUUGGCUAGCAAAUCUUGGUCACCAAAGGAGCAGAAGCCAAUACAUCGAAGCGUUUUGAUUCAAGUACUGUCCGCAUUGACUGCCUCAGUGGAAGGUCUUCUGACGAAUCAGAUGUUGGGCCAUAAAAUUCCAGGAGACGCUGUCAGUGCUCUUCUUAGCUCUCUUGAACUUCUAUACUGAGAUGAGCAUCAGGUAUUUAGGCCAAAAGUUAUGAAGUAUUUGAUCUGUAAGAUCUUUAAUUUAAAUUUUGUAUGUUAAGCUAAAAUCCCUUGGAAUCAAGCACAAAUUUCUUUUUAUUUUACUAUCUACCACCGGCCUUGCCCGUGGAAAGUUUAGUGCUAAAAAUGUUCUCUUAAAAAAUACGUUUAAAAUGCAUCGAAUUAAGUACCAAACGUUGGAAUCAACGGUUUCCACACAAUCCGCAAAUCUGCAAGCCGAAAAAAAAACUUUCGUUUAUUUAACCUUGGCCCCGCCUACUCCAUCCGAGAGCAGUGAAUUUCCGGUCAAAGAUAUUUGUAAAUGAGUUUAAAACCGAUAAGCAGAAAUUUGAAAACUUUCCGACAAAUUUCCACAGUUGCGGGUGGAAUUUCCAAAAUCGCUGAAACAUAUACACAUUUAAUUCGCCUUUCAUCCGAUGCUUUCGCAAUCGCAUCAAAAAGAAAAAUACUCGGAACUGACCUGUUUGGUUUAUACUGGUACACAAUUUAUUUUAAAUAGUCAGAAAUACAAUCAAAAUACAGAUACAUCAAAGAGAAAAAAUAAAU